UCAACAACGCCCCGCCGUUCCGAGGGCGGUUUAAAUAGCGGAAGUGACGCGGCUUUGAAGGAACCGUUGGAGUUUGUUGACAAAGAGCCGAUCGAGCAGCAGCCUCUCCCGCACCUGAGCUCUGUGUGCGAAGAGAUGAGCGGAAGAGUCAGUGUGAGGCUCAGUCCGAAUGAGGAGGCGCAGCUGGAGAGACAGGAGCUGCACAGGAGGAGGAAACUGCGCCUGCAGCAGGUGCGCGAGCAGGAGCGCUUCAUCGCGCGGCAGGUGCGCGCGCAGGUGCAGGAGCGCAGACAGCAGCAGCUGCAGACGCUCGCGGACCUCUCUGCAGCUCCAGUGGCAGCAGCAGCAGAUGCUCAGACUGACAGGCUUUAUCCACACACUACCAGCACAGCCUGGACUCUGUCGGACACGGACACCGUGCAGCGCCUCAGGAGAAUGUGA